AUGCGCGCUACAAAAAAAGAAGAAUCUCCACCAUCGUCUUUCUACAUCAUGUCGGAACCUCUUCGCUGUGCCUUUGAGUCGCAGGAAAUCGAGCCGUUUUAUGUGGGCGCCACAUCCGCAACGCUCUCGCAAAAUGGUGAGCUUCUAGCUACUCCAUGCAAUGAGGACGUGGUGAUUACAGACUUGACUAACAACAUUACGCUUUUCACGUUGGAAGGUGACGGGGAACCCGUCACUGCUCUUGCAAUGACCCCAGACGGCACACGCUUAGCGGUGGUGUCGCAGAGUCAGCAGCUUCGGAUAUUUGAUGUUCAAACUGGCCAGUGUCUCAAACAGACAAGAUUGUCUGCACCCGUGUACAUAGCUGCAGUGGAUGCUACAUCGACACUUUUCGCCUUCGGAGCUACGGAUGGUCUUGUCACAGUAUGGGAUAUCGAGGGUGCGUACAUCACGCAUUCUCUCAAAGGUCAUGGGACAACAGUGUGCUCACUCAAGUUCUACGGUGAGCUCCAUUCUUCUAAAUGGAUGCUUGCGCUGGGAGACACAAUGGGAACUUGCAAAAUCUGGAACUUGGUGACGCGAAAAUGCGUGGCCUCCAACAAUGAACACUCCGGUGCCGUAAGAGGACUUGCAUUCUCUCCUGAAGGAGACUUUUUCAUGUCGGGUGGAAGAGACGAGGUGGUGGUGCUUUACAACACAGAAAACUUGCGCAGACCAACGAAUACUUUCACUGUACGUCAACAAGUGGAAUCGUGUGGCUUCUUUGAGAAGAACGGCGAUCUUCUCUUUUACACAGCCGGCUCUGGUUGCCAAUUGCGUGUCUGGGCCGCCGACUCAGGAAAACCGCUUGGCCUGUCUCGCGCCCCCUUGGAGACCCUGGAAGAACUUGUGGUGAUUGACACCAUCGUCUCUGAACAGCUUUGGAUGGUCUUGAGUGAUCAAACCUUAAUGCGGCUCGACUUGGCCCGUUUUGGAGAAGACGAAGAACAUAUUGUGCCAGAAACAAAACGAAUUGCGGGAAACCAUGGCAUUGUGGCCGAUGUGCGGUACUGUGGACCUGACCGCUCUCUCCUUGCUCUCGCAACAAACGCUCCGGCUUUGCGCGUGGUGGAUCCAGCUGCUCCUUUUGAAGUUCUGCUCCACGAGGGCCACACAGAUCUUCUUAAUUGUGUUGACGCUUCCGAAGACGGAAGAUGGUUGUUGACAGGAGCUAAGGACAACAGUGCACGAAUGUGGCGCUGGAACGACGAGGCAAGCCUGUUUGAACUAUACGCUGUAUUUAUUGGUCAUGCUGGUGCAGUUACCGCAUGUGGCUUACCAAAAGGAUCCGGAGAACCACGGUUUGUAUUGACUGCUUCUGCCGACUUGACAGUGAAAAAGUGGAAGGUGCAGCAGGGAACUGUUCGUUCUAGUGAGUACACUCGGAGAGCUCACGAUAAAGAAAUCAAUGCAUUAGCCGUGGCGCCAAACAACCAGCUCUUCGCGACGGCAUCGUUCGACAAGCUUGCCAAAGUGUGGGAUACAGACCUGGGAGAAACCGUGGGUGUGCUCCGCGGUCACAAGAGGGGUUUAUGGGACGUGAGUUUCUGCCAAUAUGACAAGCUCGUGGUGACCGCAUCUGGUGACAAGACAGCUAAGGUCUGGCUGUUGACCGAUUACACGUGUACAAAAACGUUGGAAGGCCAUACUAAUGCUGUGCAACGUUGUCGCUUCAUGAACCGCAAUAGACAAAUUGUCACAUCAGGAGCGGACAGUUUAGUCAAGGUGUGGGACAUCAGUGAAAGCGAGUGCUGUGCUACGCUAGACAACCACGGAAACCGGAUCUGGGCACUUGAUGUAAAGGAUGACGGUUUGGCCAUGGUGUCUGUAGAUGCUGACGGUCGCAUGAACUUCUGGACGGACAACACUGACGAGUUAGUCAAAGAGAGGGAGGAGCAGGAACGUCAGAAAAUUGAGCAUGAACAGGCAUUAAAUAACUACAUUCAGCGCAAUGAUUGGAGCAAUGCAUUUUUACUCGCUGUGACACUCGAGCAUCUGAUGAGGGUCUACAAUGUGAUAAAAUCGCUGAUUGCCAGCAACGAUGACGCUGGACUGAAGCUCGGUUCUUUCGCGCUCGAGAAAACGAUCCAACUGCUUGACACGACACAGAUGGCCGCUUUAUUGCGCAGAGUCCGUGACUGGAAUAUCAACUUUAAGCAGUUUGAGAUUGCACAGAAGGUGUUGGCAGUUGUUGUGGACAAGCUCGACAUGGAAAACCCGGAAAUCCGCAAGAUCGUCGCAGCAAUUGUCCCAUAUAACGAGAGGCAUUACCUGCGUCUAGACGACUUGAUUGAGCAGACAUACAUGCUUGACUACGUUGUGCAUGAGAUGGAAAAAGCAUAA